GCGGAAUAAAUGUGUGGUGUAGAACAUGAUGAUAACUGCCCUACUUCUGCUUUUGUGCGUUAAGUAACGGAUACAUAGCAGAGAUCACAAGAGAAAAACAUUUGGGGGAAGAUAAGCGAAGCAGCAGAAUAAGGAGCGAAGACUAGAGGAGACAUAAAUGAAAUAACAUCAAUAGAAUCUGACCCAAGAGGAGAGAAGAGCAUCAUGUCAGGAGAGGAGAAACAAUGAGAGAAAGAGAAGAAUACUUCCAUGGAACAGGAGAGAAUGAUUUAAUGAUGGAUUCAGCUCAACCCAGUGGGAUCUAAUCUCAUUGGCCGUUCACUGCCUUGGGAACACCAAUAAACAUCAGGAUGUGGCACAUGCAGCCUCAGAUUUUCCAACAUGGAUUUGUGGUUCUGUUCUUUCUCUUGUCCUUACCUGGGAAGGGUGCUGAUGGUCAAACACCAGGUUAUACUCUAUCAGUCCAGAGUUUAGUGUCAGUGACAUCAGGUCUCUGUGUGGAAAUUCCCUGCAAAUUUACCUUUGACACUAGAACUUUAUCUACAAAUGUCACAGGGAUUUGGCAUAAAAAAAUGACUCAAGACAUCGUUGCAGCCUCUACAGAUGCCUCUAUAGUUUCUGAAAGAACAAAAGGUAGAUUCAGAUUGACUGGAAAACUACAUGAAGGAGACUGCUCAUUCUCUAUCAGUAACGUACAAAAAGGAGAUCAAGGGAAAUAUGAAUUCCGAUUUGAAGAUGGAGGCCAUAAAUAUUCCUAUCGGUGGAACAUGCUUUAUGUGAUUGUGACAAAUCUACGAGGACCUACUAUAUCCCCUGUAGGGAAGCUGAUCGCUGGGAAGCAAAUAACACUGACUUGUCAGUCCCUUCCAGCAUCUCAAGGGUGCAAGGGAAACAUCACAUGGGAAGGAACCAUAAACAUACAGACUACUUCUAAUUCUGAGAUAAUGGAUAGGUCUGGUAAAGUCACCUCCAAUUCAGUAAUUAGAUUUACUCCAUCCCAGAGAGAUCACAAGAGCUCACUAACAUGUACAGUGACUUACAGUGGGGUCUCCACUUACAGCAGCAUCAGCCUGAAUGUUGAGUAUGCACCAAGAAGUCCAUCUAUUUUGAACUGCACAUCAGCAGGUUGUCUGGUUGAAGUCAUAGAUGGAACCUCUCUGUCCCUGCUCUGCUCGGCUGAAAGUCACCCUCCUGCCAAUCUGUCCUGGGCCAAAAAGAGUCACAACAACAUUAUUCCCCUAAAUUCCUCAAGUGGGAGAUUAGAUGUUUCUCAUGUAACAAUUGAUAAUGGGGGAGAUUACAUGUGCCAGGCAACGAAUACACAUGGAAAUUCAACAGCUUUAAUCAGAGUUGUUAUCAUUUCUCUCAAACAUCACACGAUCAAUCUUAAUGGAUUAAUGUUUGGUGGAAUUUUUAUCUUACUCCUCGCUGCUGUUGCACUUUUAGCACUUUUGGCCGUGAAAUACAAGAAAAACAAGAGAAGUCCUCCAGAGCCGGUUGAAGAAAGUAAAAGUUUAUCACCAAAUAAUUAUGAAGUGGUUUACUUUAACAUAAACAGAAAAACAUCUGAUGAUGAACCCUACAUGGAUGUCAGCUCUCCAAAUGAAUGUAAAAUUCCUGAUGAAGACCUGCAAUAUGUGACCCUUGAUAUCUCAAAGUUAAAACCAAAAAGGUCUCCAGAACCAGAAGACACUUUAUAUUCAGAAGUCAAAAGGAACUAAGAUGAGGAAUGGGUGGUAUUAGAGAAGAGGCUCAACAGUAGCAACAAUGAUACUUCUGGGGUUUCAUGUAUAAUAGCAAUUGUUACUAGAAUGGGCCACUGAUCAGAUCAUUUACAGUCAGUGAUAAUUAGAAACACACUGAUCAUGGCUGAGAUAGUUGAAUGGAAAAAAACCUCUAUAAUAAACUAUUACGCAUAGGUAAAGGGAUAUUUCUUUGGAGCGCCACUAAUAUAGAUAUAAACUGUACCUCAGUAUAUUAAUGCAUAUGCAUUAAAAACAUUUAUAUUUCUGCAAAAAAAAAAACUAUUGCUCUCCCCCGUUCAUCUUAAUGUGGGGGUCCCUCAGGAUUCUGUACUUGGUCCUCUCUUGUUCUCCUUGUACACUCUCUCUUUAGGAGACCUUAUAUCUUCCUUUGGUCUUAAAUACCACCUGUAAGCAGACUGCUUAGUAGCUAUCUUUUCCUGGGUGAACCAACGCCACUUCAAGCUCAACUUGGCCAAGACUGAGCUCAUGGUCUUUCCACCCAAACUGAGCCCAUCUCUUCCUUUCACCAUUACUUUUGAUGACAUGACCAUUAACCCGGUUAACUAAGCAUGCUGCUUGGGGGUCUUCUUUGACCUGUCCCUCUCUAAUUAAAUUAAUAAUACUGCCAAAACUUGUCAAGACAAGAUACUUCUGUUUCUUACACAUACAACAGCCAAAAGACUAAUCCAUGCACUUUUCUUAUUCCGUUUAGACUUUUGCAAUGUCCUACUAACCAAUCUUCCUGACUCUCAUCUCUCUUCCCUCCAAUCAAUCUUAAACUCUGCUACCAGGAUCCUUCUGCUCUCUCCUAAAAGGGAACCUGCUCAACCCCAACUAAAAUACUUAUCAUGGAUGCCUGUUAAGAAAAAGAUAGAAUAUAAAACCCUUCUACUGACAUUAAAAGUCUCACUCCUCUGCUCUUCACUACAUUUCUUUUCUUGUCUCACUGUAUGUUCCUGGUCAUCUUCUCCUCUCAGAGCCACCGUCUCUUCACACCAUCCACAUCCACUGCAACCUCUCGUCUCAAAC